AUGUCUGAUCCAAGUAAUUAUGAAAUGUCACUAUUCUACGCAAUCCUAAAUGAUUUCACACCCAAUCAAGAAUAUUAUAAUUGCUCGGAUAAUUCCGCAAUUCAAGGAACUCGAACCCAACAAACUAUUCUUGGAGGAUACCUCAUAAUUUCCGGCUGCCUUUUUAUUCUCCUAUUCAUUCCUUGUAUUAUUGUUGGAUUCAAAAGUGAGCUCAUCAAAACAUCUUGCUAUAAAAUCAUGUUUCUCUCCUCAUUUUUCGAUAUUCUCCAAAUAAUCGUUGGUUCUUUAGCCUCCGGAUUCUACGGUAUUCAGGCUGCAAACUUUUGCGAUUACCCAAGAUCAAUCUUCUUUUUCGGAGCUUUAGGAUGUGGUUCCUGGUUGGGUGGAUGUUUAUCCUGCGUCACCCUUGCUGUUAACAGAUGUUGUGAUCUAAACCCUAAUUUGAAACUUCGAUGGAUAUUUCUAGAGAAGCGAGUUUAUUUCAUACUUUUUCUAAUCAUCAGUUAUGCGAGUUAUGGUUUUCUAUUCACUAAACCUCCAUUAUUCCGCUCCGAUUACAUGUCUUGGUUUUUUGACCCUCGAAUCAGUACCAAUCCAAUAUUAUACAUCAACAUCUUACACACCACAAACAACUGUUUGGUCUCCCUUUUCACCACUACUUCUUACACCUAUCUUUGCAUUUUGUUGAGAUACAAAUCUAGGAGUUCCUCAUCGAAUGGUGUGAGCAAAACACAAAAGCAAGUAUUUUUCCAAUCCGCAAUUAUAUGUUCCUUUAAUGCGAUUGCUGCCUAUGUUUAUGUUUACAUGCAAUAUUUUGAGAGUUCGGAAAUUUUUAUACUCAUUGGUCAUAUUGCCUGGCAACUGAGUAAUGGUAGGUUACAAAGCGCAAAAAACCAGCCGAGCUUGAUUAUGAUUUUCCCCAGGCUCUGUCUCAAUCGUCUAUCUCACAAUGAACCGGACCAUCCAAAAAGGUGUCUACAAGAUGUUGGUCCCUAAAAAAUUCCAAAAAUCCUCCAAAAUUCGUAGCACAUCGAUUGGCAAUACUGCGCAAGCUAAUUCCACAACGGAUAAAAUUCUUUGAUUUUGUUGUUUUCAUGGUCUCAUUGGACUCCAUAAAUAAGUUGAAAAAGAGUAUAGAAUUUCGAAAUUUCGAAAAUUUUAAUCCACAAAAUGAGAUCACUCAAGAUGAGAUUACGAUACUUUGCAGGCUUAUAUAAACUACGUAGAAGGUUCAUUUUUCAUUUUCAAAAAAAAGAUAAAGCUCAGAUUUUGUGAAGAAAAUUUCAAAUUCUAGUCCAUAUUCGAAAAUCACUAAAAUGUCUGUUCCUAGUGACUUUGAGAUGUCACUUCUAAACGUGAUAAUCAAUGGAUAUACGCUAAAUCAAAAAUAUUAUAAUUGUUCGGAUCCACGUUGCAUUGAAGGUAUCAAAGUUCAGCAAAACUUGUUUGGCUGGUAUUUCCUGGUGUCUGGAAUUAUUUUUGUGGUGAGUUAGGGGAACUUAUGAUGGAAAAAACUGCCUGUUCAUUUCAGAGCCUGUACAUUCCCUGUGUGAUUUCUGGCCUCAAAUCUGAUUUGAUGAACACAUCUUGCUAUAAAAUUAUGCUAUGUUUAUCAGUUUUUGAUAUUUUAUCACUGAUCACUAAUUCUAUCGCAACUGGUUUUUACUGUCUAACAGCUUCCAAUUUCUGUGACUACCCAAAAUCAAUUUUCACCCUUGGUGCAAUCGGAUGUGGUUCGUGGAUGGGUGGAUGUUUGGCCUGUGUCAUGUUAGCUGUUAAUAGAUGUUGCGAUCUCAAUCCGAAUAUCAAACUUCGUUGGAUCUUCAUUGGAAAACGAACAUAUUACACCAUCGGGAUGAUCGUAGCCUACGGGUUAUACGCGAUAUUUCUCACCAAACCUAUCAUCUUCUCAUCUGAAUAUAUGACAUGGUUCUUUAACCCAAGAGUUAGCACAAAUCCCCUGUGGUACGUGAAUUUGGCCCAUACCACUAAUAAUUGUGUGGUGUCAAUUUGCACCACCUCUCUCUACACCUACCUUUGCAUCCUGUUGAUUCAUAAAUCCCGCCACGCAUCUUCUGAAGCAGUUAACCGAACUCAACGUCAAGUGUUCUUCCAAUCCGUGAUUAUUUGCUCCUUCAACGCAAUCGCUGCGUAUAUUUACGUCUACAUGCAAUAUUUUUACUCUCCUCCAGUUGUUAUGCUUAUUGGUCAAAUUGCCUGGCAGUUUAGUAAUGGUAAGUGAAACAUGAUGGGUUUAUGCCCCUCUCAGAACUUAGCAUAACUUUUUUAUGUUAUAAUCUAAACCCAUAUUCUCAGGCUCGGUGUGCAUCGUCUAUCUCACAAUGAACCGAACUAUUAGAAAAGGCGUCUACGAGAUGUUGGUCCCAAGAAGAAUUCGUGAAAAAGCCCGCGCAACAGUCCAAGCAACCGUUUCAACCAAGCCAACUUCUCAAGCUCGAAGAAUCACAAGUUCAAAUGGGACCGUAUUCUGA